GGCGGCGGCGGCUUUGUCUCGUGGGCUGCUCCCCGGCGGCUCCCUCCCCCGAGCAGCUGCCGCCCGCGGGAGGAAGCAUCCCGGCGCUGACACCCCGCGCGCUCGCCCUCCACCACUACCAUGUAAGGGCCAUGAGAAGGGCUGGUCCUGGCGCAGCGCGGACAUGGAGGAGGACUUAUUCCAGCUCAGGCAGCUGCCGGUGGUGAAAUUCCGUCGCACGGGCGAGAGCGCGAGGUCGGAGGACGACGCGGCUUCGGGAGAGCAUGAGGUCCAGAUCGAGGGGGUGUGCGUGGGCCUAGAGGCCGUGGAGCUGGACGACGGGGCGGCCGUGCCCAAGGAAUUCGCCAAUCCAACGGACGAUACUUUCAUGGUGGAAGAUGCGGUGGAAGCUAUCGGGUUUGGAAAAUUUCAGUGGAAGCUGUCCGUACUCACCGGCCUGGCUUGGAUGGCCGACGCCAUGGAGAUGAUGAUCCUGAGCAUCCUGGCGCCCCAGCUGCACUGCGAGUGGCGGCUCCCCAGCUGGCAGGUGGCCUUGCUGACCUCGGUGGUCUUUGUAGGCAUGAUGUCCAGCUCCACGCUCUGGGGAAAUAUCUCGGACCAGUACGGCAGGAAAACAGGCCUGAAGAUCAGCGUGCUCUGGACCCUCUACUACGGCAUCCUCAGCGCCUUCGCGCCCGUGUACAGCUGGAUCCUGGUGCUCCGAGGCUUGGUGGGCUUUGGGAUCGGAGGGGUCCCCCAGUCGGUGACGCUGUAUGCUGAGUUCCUCCCCAUGAAAGCCAGAGCCAAGUGUAUUUUGCUGAUCGAGGUCUUCUGGGCCCUCGGGACAGUGUUCGAGGUGGUCCUGGCCGUGUUCGUGAUGCCCAGCCUGGGCUGGCGUUGGCUGCUCAUCCUGUCUGCCGUCCCGCUGCUCCUCUUCGCGGUUCUGUGCUUCUGGCUGCCAGAGAGUGCGCGGUACGAUGUGCUAUCUGGGAACCAAGAAAAAGCAAUUGCCACCUUAAAGAGGAUAGCAACAGAAAACGGAGCCCCCAUGCCCCUGGGGAAACUCAUCAUCUCCAGACAGGAAGACCGAGGCAGGAUGAGAGAUCUUUUCACACCCCAUUUUAGAUGGACCACUUUGCUGCUGUGGUUUAUAUGGUUUUCCAACGCGUUCUCUUACUACGGCUUAGUUCUGCUCACCACAGAGCUUUUCCAGGCUGGAGACGUCUGCAGCCUCUCCAGCCGGAAGAAGGCCGUGGAAGCAAAGUGCAGCCUGGCCUGUGAGUACCUGAGUGAGGAGGAUUACAUGGACCUGCUGUGGACCACCCUGUCGGAGUUCCCAGGCGUCCUGGUGACUCUGUGGAUCAUCGACCGCCUGGGCCGCAAGAAGACCAUGGCUCUGUGCUUUGUCAUCUUCUCCUUCUGCAGCCUGCUGCUGUCCAUCUGUGUCGGAAGAAACGUGCUCACUCUGUUACUCUUCAUUGCAAGAGCGUUUAUUUCUGGAGGCUUCCAGGCGGCCUAUGUUUACACACCUGAGGUCUACCCCACGGCGACACGGGCGCUGGGCCUGGGCACCUGCAGCGGCAUGGCCAGAGUGGGCGCUCUCAUCACCCCAUUCAUCGCUCAGGUGAUGCUGGAAUCUUCUGUGUACCUGACGCUGGCGGUUUACAGCGGCUGCUGCCUCCUGGCUGGCUUGGCCUCCUGUUUUUUGCCCAUCGAGACCAAAGGCCGGGGACUGCAGGAGUCUAGCCACCGGGAGUGGGGCCAGGAGAUGGUUGGCAGAGGGACUCAUGGUGCCGGUGUCGCCAGGUCGAACUCUGGCUCUCAGGAAUAGUGACCGCCGGGGGCUGAGCUGGCUGGUCUUGGAGGCUACGGAGCCGGGAGAGCUGGCCGAGCCCCGCGGGGCCACUCACGGUGACUGCCGGCCUCAGGAACUCACCCGAGAAGACGAGCUUGGACUAACAGGGUUUUGUGCCUCGACUCCGUUGGCCUGAUCCACUGAGGCCCGGGUGGGGAGAGCUCGCUCUGGCGGUCUCUGUCUGUGUAGGGGAAGGGUCACUGAGGACCUGUGGCUCUGCAUGGGAAAACUGUCACUUGUAGGUGAGUCUGGGGGUGCUGGCAACCAAGCGAAUGCCACCCAGAGUCACCCAGUCACACCUUCAGGUAACAACUACCGAAAGAUCUCAGUCCAGGCCAGACCCGUGUGACACUUGCCAUGCGCCACCUGGACCUGUGCAGGGGGUUUCUCCUCCACCUGGCCCCAGGCUCGCUCCUUUGAAAUUACAGGUGACCCAGGUGUGUGGCCUGAGCAGCUUUUUCUUAGAUUGGGGAAAUGCUCUCUUGUCCCUCAGCAGGGGUCCCCCUGACUCCCCAGGCCUGCCCAGCAGAGCCUGGCUGGUGGACCUGCGUCUGAACCUGAGCCAGCGUCCCCUCAUGGCUACCUCUGGAAUUGUGUCCCUGGCUCCUGGGGCUCCAGCUGUGCCCCGGGAAGAGCAGGGCCUGCACCAGAGGACAAACUCAGAAAGUCCUUAUCCCCCUCCCAGCCCAGAGAUUGGGACUGAGGCUCAGAGGAGGAGAAAUUCAAGCUCAGAGCCAGAACAGGGUCUCUCCUGCAGCGGCAGAGGCCUGGCUCAGGCGACCUGCCCGGUCUCCUCCACGGCCUGGCUGAGUGGUGAGUCUUGGGGAGGGGAAGUGGCCCACUCAGGUCUCGAGGCUUUGGAUUUUGGGCACAGGUGGAUGGCCGAAAGGGCAAAGGAACCAAGAGGAUGUGGCCCCGUCAGGGUCUGGAGGCCAGGAACCCCUGACGCGCCGAUGCUCCUUCCUUCCGGGUUGCUCUGCCGCCCCCUCUGUCGCGGCCUGUCCUGGUCCACACAGAGGCAGCUCCUGGGCUUCCAGCAGUGGUGCCCACAAGGGAUCCCUGGAGUGGGGAAGAGCAGGAAGGCCCGGAUGUGUGACCUGGCAUUUGCAGAGGAGGACAGGAGGCCAGCUGGGGCUUGGUGUUGGCCUUCAAGGGAAGGGCUGGAGCCCGGUCUCCGCAGACUGCAUCCACUCCCAGGGUCUGGUCCGCGCAGGCCUUUGUCCCGUGGAGAAGGCGGAGGACCUACGGAAGGAGGGAGGAAGCUGCCGGUUCCCCUCCGAGGCCAGAGAAGACCACCCGCUGCUCGAUGUAAACAUUGCAAGGAAGCCAAAUGUGUGCGUUCAUCUCUUAUUAAAACAUGUUGGUGAUGGACAUU